AUGUCUCUUGCUGAUGAGCUAUUGGCUGACUUAGAGGAAAAUGAUGACGGAGAGCUUGAAGCUAUAAUUGAGAAUAAAACUGCAGAUUCUCACGAGUUUGCUGUACCUUUUCCUGUGAUACCUAAAGAAGAAGAAAUAAAAAAUGUAUCUAUUCGGGAAUUGGCCAAAUUAAGAGAUUCAGAUCGGCUUAAACGGGUUGUAGCAGAAGUAGAGCAAAAUGCGGGUAAUAAAAGAAAGAAAAUUGAGGUUGUUGGUUUAAUGGAAUCUGAUCCUGAAUAUCAAUUGAUAGUUGAAGCCAACAAUAUAGCAGUUGAAAUUGAUGGUGAAAUUGCAACUAUUCACAGGUUUGUUCGGGACAAAUAUCAGAAAAGGUUUCCGGAGCUGGAAUCAUUGAUUGUAACACCAUUGGAAUAUAUCCGCACUGUAAAGGAGUUAGGAAAUGACCUCGACAAAGCUAAGAACAAUGAGAUACUUCAAAGCUUUCUCACUCAGGCAACUAUUAUGAUAGUAUCUGUCACUGCGUCUACAACACAAGGAAAAUUACUGUCAGAUCAUGAGCUGAGUGAAAUCUUUGAAGCGUGUGAUAUGGCUGCAGAGUUGAACAAUUUUAAAUCAAAUAUCUAUGAGUAUGUUGAGAGCAGGAUGACUUUUAUAGCUCCAAACAUAACAGCUAUUGUUGGUGCAUCAACAGCAGCAAAAAUUCUUGGAGUGGCAGGUGGUCUGUCUAAACUGUCCAAAAUGCCAGCCUGCAAUGUUCUGCCACUUGGACAGCAAAAGAAGACACUAUCUGGCUUCUCCCAAGCAGCGUCGCUACCUCAUACUGGAUUUAUAUACUUUUCUCAAAUAGUACAAGAUACAACUCCUGAACUGAGAUACAAAGCAGCUAAGCUUGUAUCAACAAAAUUAACUCUGGCGGCUAGAGUUGAUGCUUGCCAUGAAAGUACAGAUGGCGCCAUCGGUCGUUCAUUAAGGGAAGGAAUAGAGAAGAAAUUAGACAAAUUACAGGAACCGCCUCCAGUGAAGUUCGUGAAGCCGCUUCCAAAGCCGAUUGAACAGAGUAGGAAGAAGCGUGGCGGGAAACGUGUGAGGAAGAUGAAGGAGCGAUACGCAAUGACGGAGUUCAGGAAGAACGCUAACAGACUCAACUUCGCUGACAUCGAAGACGACGCUUAUCAAGAAGACUUAGGCUACACUCGCGGUACGAUCGGGAAAUCAAGAACGGGUCGCGUCCGCCUGCCCCAAAUAGACGAGAAGACCAAAGUCCGUAUCAGCAAGACCUUGCAAAAGAACCUGCAGAAACAAAACCAGCAGUACGGAGGGGCUACGAGUAUAAGAAGACAAGUAUCAGGAACGGCCUCUUCGGUGGCCUUCACGCCAUUGCAGGGUCUCGAGAUUGUGAACCCUCAGGCAGCUGAGACGAGAGUGAAUGAAGCGAACGCUAAAUACUUUUCAAAUACAUCUGGAUUCCUAUCGGUUGGAAAGACUUAA